AUGGCAGGGGACGUCAAAAUAGAGCGUGCGGGGUGUCCAGGCAUCUGUGGCCCGCAGGCCGCGACCACAUCAACCCUGUCUUUCUCAAGCUUCCGCACUUCCUUUACCAGCAAUGUCAAUUACCUGAAAAGAAGAUUCAGCUCGGGAGACCUGCAGUCGGAUGCAGAUGAAGGCGAAGUGGACCCAUACACCGGCCGUACGGCUACCACCAGCCAGCCGAAGCCUGGCACCCAGAGGCCUGUAUCACAGGUCACUGGUGGUAGCAUUGGCAGCGCGUCAGGUGCACCGCCGGCGCCGUCUUCCGGCGCAGCUGGUGGGGACCUAUCGCUGAAUCUCCGAGGGGGCUCUCGAGGAACAUCUGCUCCGUCAUCACCUGCCAAAUCCCGAGAAUCCUUACUCCAACGUGUGCAAUCUCUAACUGGAGCCGCAAGGGAACAAGGGUCUAAUUUAUUAGGGAGUGUAACAUCGGUGGCAUCCGUUGGUCGUGGGUAUAACCGCGACCGUUGCGUAACGCUGCUAGUCAUCGACGACCAAAACACCGAUUGGUCCAAGUACUUCCGUGGGCGCCGCCUCCCUGGAGAGUGGGACAUACGUGUGGAACAGGCCGAGUUUAGGGAACUCUCGGUGACAGCGAAUUCUGAUGGCGCAAAUGUUUCGAUGGCCGUAUAUCGCGGUGGCACCAAAGUCACCCGGUGCUUUAAGCCUGAGUUUGUGCUGGUGCGGCAGAAUGUGCGCGACGCGGGCGCAGACUAUCGCGCGCUGCUCCUUGGACUGAAGUUUGGCGGUGUGCCUUCCAUCAACAGCUUGAACUCCAUCUAUCACUUCCAAGAUCGGCCGUGGGUAUUCGGCCAUCUACUGCAGCUACAAAGGCGUCUGGGCCGGGAGAACUUCCCUCUCAUCGAGCAGACCUAUUACCACAACCAUACGGACAUGGUCACAGCGCCCAAAUUCCCUGUCGUAAUCAAGAUAGGGCACGCGCACAGUGGUGUCGCCAAGGUGAAAGUGGAUACCUUGGCCGACUUCCAGGACAUUGCUGGAGUAGUAGCAAUGUUGGGCACCUACUGCACCGUGGAACCGUACAUCGACGCCAAAUACGACAUUCACAUACAAAAGAUCGGCACCAACUACAAAGCUUUCAUGCGCAAAUCCAUAUCGGGAAAUUGGAAGACUAAUCAGGGAUCGGCCAUGCUCGAAGCGAUCGGAAUGAACGACAGAUAUAAAAUGUGGAUCGAUGAGGUAAGCGAGAUCUUCGGAGGCUUGGAGGUAUGCGCUUUGGAGUUGGUGGUUGGCAAAGAUGGACGCGAGCACAUUAUUGAGCUGAACGAUUCUGCUACCACCUUUAUGGGUGAUUCUCAGGAGGAAGACCGCCGCCAUCUUGCAGAGCUCGUGCUGCAACGUAUGCAGGCGGUGUGCCGGCCAGGGAUAACUAAGACCACAUCGCGGAGCUCGGUGUCUGGGAGCUCAGCAACGUCUCCCGAAGAACGCAAUCCACCCCUGCCUGGGUCGGGGCCCCCGAGCGCACCCCCGCCCGCGCCCCUCACCGCCGGCGCCAGCAUCGACCGCCCGCUGCCGCCCAUCCCGGCAGAGCCUUCGCAGCCGCCACCGCCGCCAUUGGCUAGGCGUGAUUCUCAAGCAUCUCAAUCAUCGACGGUGUCGUCGGCGUCGGCAGCGCCGAGCGCCGCCAGCGGCGCUGCCCCCGGCGCGGCACCGGCGUCGUCCGCCGGCGGGCGCGGGGGCUUCGCGCGCCAGGGCUCUCUCAGCGCCGCGCUCACCGAGGACGCCGAGGACACCAUGAAGAACCUCCGCAAGACCUUCGCCGGCAUCUUCGGCGACAUGUAAUGUCACCAGCACGUGGUACUUCGAACAACAGCCCUGUAAAUACAACCAUCGCUCAGAAUUAGCUCAAGGAUCGGUGAAAUUUUCUGCUCUUCGUACUUAUGAAAAGAACAAGUCUACAACGGUUUCCGUAAUUAUGUGGUCGUGCUAGCCCUACUAGACUUAUUCCUUUUUCAUAGCUACAUAUGAAAGACAGUUUACUUAUUGGACCAAAGGUCCUUAUCACAAUUAACGCAAUCGACGUAUUGAGCGAAAUUGGGUUAUUAACUAUCUGAAAUCAGCGAAACGAUAUCUGUAAACCCCUUUAAGCGGUUUUUUAUAUCUUAUUUAAUAUCAGUUUCAAAAGGCUUUGGAUGCCAUUAUCUCGGAAGUUACCAAAAAGCAAAUCGUCAGCUAAAUUUAAAAAUCUCGUAACUAAGUUUUUUGGACGAAAUCCCUUUUUGUACUCUUCAAGCGCAAAAUCGGGCAAUUAUUGCUUAAAAUAUAAUUUCUAGAUCUUUUUUAGUUAUAAAAUAGAGGCA